AUGAAUAUGCUCUGUUCGGACGAUUACAAAAAUAGUAUCACAACAAUAGACUUAAAUGACUGUUUUAAAAACUGCGGAAAUAGUACAAGUAAUAAUAGCUACACUAAUGGCACGAUCAGCCAUAGCAAUAAUAAUAGAAUAAUAAAAUGCAUUGUACGAGAAAAUGCAAAAAAAAUUAGAGAGAUUGUUUUUAAACAUUGGAUAACUCAAAAAAAGGAUGCCUUCUCUCAAUGUGCAUAUACAGCAGAAACUAAUUUUGACGAGGAAACAAAGCAAAGUCGUUUAUCUCGUAGUACUAGCGGUUGUACCUGUGGUUGUAAAGAUGUAGAAUCUAAUGAACGGACUUUUUAUAUAGACUAUUUAUACACACAAUUAAUAAGGCACAUGUACAUAAUACUGAGUACACUGAACGUAGAAAAAAAGGAAAAAGGAGGGGAGUUCAAUUUUAGUAAAAUAUAUAGUUAUACGUAUAACUAUAAACAGAUUGAAACAAGGGAUGCUAAGGAGUAUUUAAGAUAUUACGGUAUACAUGAUUUUGACCAGAAUUUUUCCUUUUUUACCUAUUAUAAUGCAUGUAGCAGCAAAAAUCAUGGAAUAAAAAUAGAAAAGGAUGAUAAGGAUAAAUGGGACAAAACGAAUGAUAAGAAGUCCAAUUUUAACAUGUGCAUAUAUUUACCUACAAAGAAAGAAGUCGAUAUUUUAUUUAUUAUAGAAAAAUUGUAUGAUUUUUUUUAUUUUGAUCUUUAUGUUCCAAUAACUACAAAGGAGAAUGACUUAAUUUUCUUUCCAUUUGAUUUAGCAAAUAAUCUGUUAGUCAAGCAUGAGUUUAAUAUAUAUGUGCCAUUUUUAUAUAUAUACUUCAAUUCACAAGUAAAAAAGGAGAAGAGGACUUUUCACUUGAACAGUUUUAAUAUAGUAACAGAUACCCUUAGUUAUUUUACAUUUGAAGAGAAAAAAACUAUAUUUUUUAUUCCAUUAAUUGCUUAUAAUAAAUAUGGGUGUAGAGUUGGAAGCGGUAAGGGCUAUUAUGAUAGGACACUAAAAGAUAAGCAACAUGAAGAGCAGCGGAAAAAAGAACAAAUGAAAUAUCAAUAUUCAUCAUGUAAAGAAAUCGAAACAAAAAAGCAUAUAAAAAUUGGUCUCUCCUUUGAUAUUUUUUUGUACGACAUAAAUUUUUCUGAACAUACUGAUAUUACAUUGGACUAUAUAAUAAAUGAAAAGAACAUUUUCCAUUUUCUGUUUUGA